AUGGAAAGGAAGAGGAAGCUACCCGCGCGAGCUGCGGCACGCGUCGACCACAUCGCGAAGAAGCGAACAUCCACACCACCAGACCGACUCUCGCCCUACUCGAACGCGCCGACGCCUCCACCACAAUCGCCUCUGACGGCUGAAGUCCCCCAACUGCAGUUACCGAAAUCAGUCCAGCCGGGCAAGCCUCUGCCUACUGUCGAGCAGGCCCAGCCAGACGACCUCACGCUGCGCGACUACCAGAAUAUACAAGAGAGCGGCGUAUUAGCUGAAUCUCUCACUCGAUCGCGACAACGAUGGAUUGCCGAAGGCAUCUUUGAGAAGUACUGGACCAAGCCGACGAAGAAGAAGGGCGUCGUCAUUGAGGAGCCCAAUAACCCUCCCAAAGAUAGCAUGUCCAAGCUCGGACAGGUCACCAUCACCAUCGAGCCGCAUGUCUUCGAAGCCACCAUGUGGGCGAUCAAAGACCCCAAGCCGCCGCCUGUCGCUCCGACCACGCAAGCAACAUUUCGACCCAUCAUGCAGUAUGGACCUCCCAAUGGAGCCAUGCCUCCUCCACCCCCGCCUCCCAAAUCUGAAUCAUCGCCCUCCGUCACGCCAGUCCCCGAUGCAAAGUCGACCCCCCCUCCCGCGAGCCCAGCAACGUCCUUGCCUGCAUCUCAGGCCGUGCAACCGAGGUCGCAGCCCGCUUUGGGCGAGACAGUCGCGGCUACCGGGCCCCCUCGCAGCGUGGAACUGGCCCCAUCUCCGGCUCCAGCCCAGGCUCCAGCCCAGGCUCCAGCUCAAGUCACGACUCCGGCUCCUGCUCCUGCUCAAUCUCAAGGACCUGCCCUGGCCCCAGCACCGGCAUCCGUCCCCAGUGCAGCACCGUCAUAUCCGCCCACCAACAGCAUGUCGCCAGCGACCAGACCCAGUGCUCCUGCUGGUCUCACGCCGACCACGCCAUCGGCCUCGGCGGCUGUUCCAGCUCCAUACGGGGGUACAGCAGCGACGGUCAACGUGCCGUCCAGACCUUCAAGCACGACGCCAACCCAGGGAGGGAGCAAGCCGCCGCCCACGCCCAAGACGCCUGGUACAGAUCCUAUCAUCAUGACACUGGCUGAGAAGGCAUCAGAGGACCCACAUCUGCGCGACCUCAUGAAGCGCGUCGCGGCAGGGGAGGCCAAGCAGGAUGAGCUCACAAACUUUCAGCGGAUUAUCGACCAGAUCACAGCUGAGUAUAAGAAGAAAGGCGGCCAGCAAGGACCAUCAGCUGAUCGGUUGAUUGUUGACGGAAAGACUGUCAAAUACUUUGCGGAUGAGGUCCGCACCAUUCUCGACAUAGUGCUAGCAACCAAUCCGCAACAGAAGUCGCAUGAGCUGCUGCCGCCUCCCGGCAGUGACCCUCUGGUUGUGGCUUUAGUAAAGAAAGCACUGGAUGAUGCGAAGACGCGAACCAUGAUUCGAAGAAUCGCCGACAAUCAGCCUGGCUUCACCGAUACGACUGACCUCAAAGCCAUCCUGGACAAGUUACAUAAAGCCUUGCAGGCUGCACCGCCUCCGCAGAUUCAGCCGCGGCAGAUCCAAUCUCCCCAGCCCACGCCCUCUACGAACGGCCAGCUCCAAAAGGUGGCGCCAGCGCCCGGGGCAGUCCUUCACCCGCCUCAGCAGGCGCUGCGCUCCAAAGGACCGCCGCCCCCAUCAAAACCCGACAUUUCGGGCAUUGCUCUCGAAUUCGCCGGUGGUAAUGGAGACAGGUAUCUCUUCCCCAAGUUCAGCAUUCUGGAGUACCUGCCAGGGGGUCAGCAGGUCAUCGCGUCGUUCUUGAUUGUGCGCAAGGGCAGCCAGCUGGAAUAUGGUGGCGAUGCGAAGCUGGACUACUAUCAGCCGGUCACGAUACGUCUCUUUACCCAGACGGGCCGCCAGCUGGACCAUCUUCAUCGGGUUGUUGCGCCCUCCGAAGAAGUAAAGAGGUACAUGGUCGAUGUCAUGGACAACAUGACGCGUGCCGAAUACGUCUUGCUCCCCAUGCGCCUUCCUCGAGGCGACCCUCCCUUGGACAAAGAUCAAGGCGGUCGGGACACCACAUUAACCAAUGGGAAUGGACCUGAGGUCGUCGAACCAGUCCUACCCCCGGUACCCGCCGUGUCUGCUGGGCCCAAAAAGCCCCCCAUUCUAUGGAAGGGUAAAGCCAAAGUAUUCAUGGAUCACUUUCCGGCAAAGGAGAUCUAUCAGCAAUUCUUAGCCCGAAAGAGGCAAGGGUUCCGCGAGCGAGUCGACGAAGGCUACAAGCCAUACCGGUGGGGCUGUGAGCUUCUGAACAUCAGCGAAGACGAAAUGCUAGAGUACGAUACAAUGGUGGAGAAAUUGGUGGCGAAACAGAUUGAAGAAUCUUGA